AUGGAGCCGAAACCAAGUACUUCGAAAGAAAUUAUCGAUGAAGAAGUUGAAGACGAAGAGACAGGUAAUAUUUAUCAUGAAAAUUUUGAUUGAUAAAACAUAUUUCAGAAGAGUUAACUCAUCUCACCGACUUCACACUUUUGGCUGGCGAUGUGACACCUCAUUUGACUGCAAAACAUCAUUCACUUGUUCAUGGAACUGUUACGAAAGAAACUGCAAUUGCAACACAUUCAGCGCUGAUAUUUGCACUUUCUCCAGAUAAAGAACAACAGUGAGCAUUUUGAAGAUAUUUUUUAUUUGAAAAAGCUAAUAUUUUCAGAAUCCGCGAGUUCUAUGAUCGUUUGGACAUUGAUCACGAUGGAACAAUUGAUAUAAGAGAUUUAACACAGGCACUCAAACAUGAAAACUCACUGUCACAUAUUCCAACCAAUUUAGCACCAGCUAUUAUGUCACAAAUGUCGAAAGAUGAUGAUGGAAAAGUUGGAUUCGUAGAAUUCGCAAAUUAUGUUUUAGAUCAUGAACAAAAACUGGCAGAAAUGUUUGCUACAAUGGAUAGGAACAACGAUGGUGAGUAAUAUUCUUUUGAGAGUUGAAGAAGGGGUUGGGAAAAAUAUUCGGUUUCAGGUGUGAUAGAUGUUUGGGAACUUCGACAUUAUUGUAUGGAUAAUGGAAUGUCUUUGGAUAAACAACAAGCACAAUUGAUUGUCAAUAAGUCAGUAAUUAAUCGAAGAAAGUUUCACAAAGAUUCAUAUUUUCAGAAUGGAUCAAUCUGGAAAUGGCACUUUUAUUGGGCUCAACGAGUUUGUAAAUUAUAUGAUCCUAUAUCCAUCAAAUGAUAUAAAAGAAAUUGUCGAUUUUUGGAGACACGCAAUGAUUUUUGACAUUGGCGAAGAUGUUUUGGUUCCUGAAGACUUUAGUGCUCAAGAAAUCAAAGAAGGAAUUUGGUGGAGACAUUUGGUGGCUGGUGGAAUUGCUGGAACAAUAUCUCGAACUUUUACAGCACCAUUUGAUCGACUCAAAGUUUAUUUGCAGGUUUGAUUUUUUUUUUCUUCAGAAAGAUUCAAGUGUGGAACAUUGGAAAAAUAGGUCAAUUGUACAAUACCUGGAGCACAUGCCCUGGAACUGAAUUUCUUGUAAAAAUGUACAAACCCUGGAUUUUUAAAGCAAUACCUGGAAACGAGAAAAAGGUCUGAAAUUUCUCGAAUCAAUUCCAGAACGUGAUUUUUUUGUUCUAAGUAAUGUUUUUUCCGCUACUAGACCUCUGCCAAAAAAUGAAAAACCUGAAAUUUAGAAUAUUUUGCACACUUUCACCUGUUCACCUUGGAACAUCUUUCGAACCACAGAUCUAUCAAUUUGAAAACGUUUUUUGUGAAAUUUUUUGAAUCUCUGAGCGGAAAAACGCCAAAUUUUUUUUCCAGGUAUUGUUCAAAAAUAAUGCAGGGUUUGUACAUUUUUACAGUAAAUUCAGUUCCAGGGCAUGUCUUCCAGGUAUUGUACAUUUGACCGGAAAAAUAUGGUUUCAGGUCAAUUCAUCAAAAACAAAUAACAUGGGUCUAUUAUCUUGUAUAAAGUUAUUGCAUGCCGAAGGAGGAAUGAAAUCAUUUUGGCGAGGAAAUGGUAUAAAUGUGAUAAAAAUUGCUCCAGAAUCUGCUAUAAAAUUUAUGUGUUAUGAGGAAAUCAAACGACUCAUUCAACGAAAUAAAAAUCCUGAUGAUGAUAUAACACUUCUUGAAAGAUUAUUCGCUGGAAGCAGUGGUGAGAAUAAUAUUGAUUUGCCUCCCAAGAAAAUCUUUUGUUUCCAGCUGGUGCAAUUUCUCAAUCAAUAAUAUAUCCGAUGGAAGUUAUGAAAACUCGUUUAGCAUUGAGAAGAACAGGUCAAAUGGAUCGAGGAAUCAUUCAUUUUGCCCAUAAAAUGUAUACCAAAGAAGGAAUUCGAAGUUUUUAUAAAGGAUAUUGGCCGAAUUUGAUUGGAAUAAUUCCAUAUGCUGGAAUUGAUCUUGCCAUUUAUGAAACACUCAAACGAAUGUAUUUGAAAAAUCAUGAGGUAUCUAUAUUUUUUAUAAUUGAAUUCGUAAAUAUGUAUUGAAUAUUUUCAGACUUCAGAACCGAGUGUUUUUGCUCUUCUUGUAUGUGGUACUUGUAGUUCAACUUGUGGACAAUUAGCAAGUUAUCCAUUUGCAUUGGUUAGAACUAGAUUACAAGCCAGAAGUAUGUUUUUUUUGUUGUUGUAGAAACUAUAAUAUAUUCAUAUUUUCAGCCGUUUCCCGACACCAAAUUGAAGCUGACACAAUGUUCGGACAAUUUCGAGAUAUAUAUAAAAAUGAAGGAUUAUUGGGUUUUUAUAGAGGGAUCACGCCGAAUUUUAUGAAAGUUAUCCCAGCAGUUAGUAUAAGUUAUGUUGUUUAUGAAAAAGUUCGAUCAAGUUUGGGUGUAAAAAUGUGUUGAUUUUUUCGGUGAGUUUUAUGUUUCUUAUAGAAAAUACGAAGAAAGUAACAAACAUAUUAUUGUAUUUUUGUAUCCUUGAUAUCUUUAUUCAUAAGUACAAAUCUUUCCCCCAAUAUCUUCCUAAUUCUCUCUUUUCUCAAUUAUCUUUUCUCAUCUUUUUCUUUCGUCGUUUUAUUCUCUUUCUUCCACCUAAUAUAGGUCAAACUUUUCGCCACAAAGACCAACACAAAAAUGCGCUUUCCUCGAAUAUUCCAACCUUUUCUAGGAUGGUUUUUUGGACUUUCUAUAUUAUUCACUUCUCUUUUCGGUAAUUAUGUUGUUAGUUUAUUUCUUAUCAUUGCUGUUUGUGGAAAACAUCGAUUAUGGAGAAGAUUGAUGGAUCGAGCUAUUUCAUAUUGGAUGACUAUUCCAAUGGUUUGCAUUUCUUAUUUUUUUUUUUUGAAAAUUUGAAAUUCUAAAGAAAUCAGUUUGUUCUUGUUGUUGCCGAAAUUUUUCAAAUCUCGAACGACCUUCAAAUUUGUUCCAAACAAAAGGGUUCCUUUUGAAAUAGAUUUUUCUUUAGAAAAAUGUGUUUAGUAGUCGUAAAUAGGAAUGUUUCACCUUCUCACGAGUUGACGGUUUUGCACUUUAUGAAUCAGUUUUGUUUCUCACCCAACACGUCGGCUUCUGUUUUUGAAUUGAAAGAAAAAGAAAAAGAAGGAAAAUGUCAUGGGUUACAACUACUAAUGUAAACAUGUUUUGUUUCUUUGAUAAACGAGAAGUUGGGGAAAAAAAUGAGGGCGGGGGAUUUUUAGGGGAGAUGAAGGAUUCUGAAUCUAUUUCCAACAAAUUACUUCUCUCGGAAAAGAUUGAAAAAUAGAAUCGAUACACAAUUUUCCAAAUUACCUAAUAUUUUUUGCAGGGUUUACUCGAAUAUUUGAUGGGUGUUCGAGUUCGUGUAAGUGGAGAUGAAAUUGAAUUUGGUCGACCUGCAUUAAUAAUAAUGAAUCAUCGAACUCGCCUCGAUUGGAUGUAUAUGUGGUGUGCUCUUUAUCAAGUUAAUCCAUGGCUCAUCACAACUAACAAAAUAUCAUUGAAAGCACAAUUGAAAAAGUUGCCUGGAGCUGGUAGGUUUUUCUUUGACAUAAAUAUGUACGUAAUGGAAAUUCAAAAAAAAGUGAAAUAUUUAGGUUUCGGAAUGGCUGCUGCUCAAUUCGUUUUCCUUGAAAGAAACGCUGAAGUUGAUCGGAAAUCGUUUGAUGAUGCAAUUGAUUAUUUUCCAUGGACUUGA